GUUUGUGUGCCCUCUGCACGCUGUGCGGAGCUUCACGCAGGUGUCUCGAGCUUUAGCCUCUGGUGGUGAAGGGGACUUUGGCAGAAAUGGCCUUCAGCGGAACGUGGCAGGUUUACGCCCAGGAGAACUACGAGGAGUUCCUCAGGGCUAUCUCUCUGUCAGAGGAUAUCAUUAAAGUAGCCAAGGAUGUCAAACCAGUGACAGAGAUCCAGCAGACCGGCAACGACUUCGUCAUCACCUCCAAAACGCCUGGAAAAUCUGUCACCAACUCCUUCACCAUCGGCAAGGAGGCCGAAAUCAACACCAUGGAUGGAAAGAAGCUCAAGUGCACCGUGAAGAUGGAGGGAGGAAAACUUGUCUGUCAGACAGAGAGGUUCACACACAUUCAGGAGAUCAAGGGAGGAGAGAUGGUCGAGACCCUGACCGUUGGAGGGACCACCAUGAUCAGAAAGAGUAAAAAGGUGUGAUGUGACUCGUCCGGCUGAAAAGAUCUUAACAUCUAUUUAAAUAAAGUUGCCGUUUAUCAAAAUCA